GAUACAGAAACAAGAUAAUCAGUAUCAAAAAAAAAUGUUGGCUGUAUUUACUGGACUUUUAGUCUUUUAUGUGAUAUUUCAAGGUGCACUUUGUGGCGGUUUAAGUGAUGAAUAUAGCGUUGGAACUAACGUCAAUAAAUAUUUGUAUCAAUCGAAACCAGAUCCAAUGGAUGAGCCGAAGAGAUCUGGAAGACCAACGGAAUUUUGGUUUGGACCGAGAAUUGGAAAAAGGAGCCAACAGUUCAUUGAUGACCUUCCCGUAGAAUUCAUAGAGCUUAUUGAUAAAAUCGACAAAUCACCAGAUCUUCAGAAAAUAAUCCUCGAAAAGUUCUUAGCUGACGAUUCAUCAUUUGAUGGCCCUUAUAUCCCAAAAUUCCAACAAAGGUCUAAAGUCUUUGCACCACGAUAUGGACGUGACUCUCCAGAUACCAAUCAGAACUUGAACAGUCGACCAUAUCCACCUAGAUUUGGAAGACAGUCUAAUUUACCGCCAUAUUUACCACGUCUUGGUCGAAGUGCUGAUUAAGAAUCUUAAAAUAUUUUUCUGAAAAUUAUUCAAGUGACGUUUUAGGCUGGAAACAUCACUUGAAUAGUUUUAUUGACUUACUGAACUUUUUUUGAGAAAUGUCCAUCAAAUCACGAGCAAACUCUCUAAAAGAAGAACUUCUCUUUUUUCCC